AUGGUGAACUCGAGCCGCGUGCAGCCGCAGCAGCCCGGGGACGCGAGGCGGUCGCCGGCCCCUCGAGCGCCGGGCCCCGGGCGGCUGAUGGCGGGCGGCGCGACUGCCGGCGCCGGCCUCGCUGCCCCGGGCGGCCUCCGCGAGCAGAGGGGCCUGGAGAUCGAGAUGGAGCGCAUCCGGCAGGCGGCCGCGCGGGACCCCCCGGCCGGAGCCUCGGCCUCCCCAUCUCCUCCGCUCUCGUCGUGCUCGCGGCAGGCGUGGAGCCGCGACAACCCGGGCUUCGAGGCCGAGGAGGAAGAGGAGGAAGAGGAGGUGGAGGGAGAAGAAGGGGGAAUGGUGGUGGAGAUGGACGUAGAGUGGCGCCCCGGCAGCAGGAGGUCGGCCUCCUCCUCGGCCGUGAGCUCCGCGGGCGCCCGGGGCCGGGGGCUGGGGGGCUACCACGGUGCGGGCCAUCCGAGCGGGAGGCGGCGUCAGCGAGAGGACCAGGGCCCGCCGAGUCCCAGCCCCGCCGGCGGCGGGGACCCGCUGCAUCGCCACCUCCCCCUGGACGGGCAGCAUCCCCGAGUGGCCUGGGCCGAGAGACUCGUUCGCGGGCUGCGAGGUCUCUGGGGAACAAGACUCAUGGAGGAAAGCAGCACUGACCGAGAGAAGUACCUUAAAAGUGUUUUACGGGAACUGGCCACAUACCUCCUUUUUCUCAUAGUCUUAUGCAUCUUGACCUAUGGGAUGAUGAGCUCCAGUGUGUACUACUACACCCGGAUCAUGUCACAACUCUUCCUGGACACCCCAGUGUCCAAAAUGGAGAAAACUAACUUUAAAACUCUUUCUUCAAUGGAAGACUUCUGGAAGUUCACAGAAGGCGCCUUGUUGGAUGGGCUCUACUGGAAGACGCAGCCCAGCAACAGAACAGAAGCCGACAACCGAAGCUUCAUCUACUAUGAGAACCUCCUGUUAGGGGUACCACGUAUACGGCAGCUCAGAGUCAGAAAUGGAUCCUGUUCCAUCCCCCUGGACUUGAGAGAUGAGAUUAAAGAGUGCUAUGAUGUCUACUCCGUCAGCAGUGAAGACCGGGCUCCAUUUGGUCCUAGAAAUGGAACUGCUUGGAUCUACACAAGUGAAAAAGACUUGAAUGGGAGUAGCCACUGGGGAAUGAUUGCAACUUAUAGUGGAGCUGGUUAUUACCUGGAUUUGUCAAGAACGAGAGAGGAAACAGCCGCUCAGGUUGCUAACCUCAAGAAAAAUGUCUGGCUGGACCGAGGAACCAGGGCAAUUUUUAUUGACUUUUCAGUGUACAACGCCAAUGUUAACCUAUUCUGCGUGAUCAGGUUACUGAUCGAAUUCCCAGCAACAGGAGGUGUGAUCCCAUCUUGGCAAUUUCAGCCUGUAAAGCUGAUCCGCUAUGUUACAACUUUUGAUUUCUUCCUGGCAGCCUGUGAGAUUAUCUUUUGUUUCUUUAUCCUUUACUAUGUGGUGGAAGAGAUAUUGGAAAUUCGCAUUCACAAGCUACACUAUUUCAGGAGUUUCUGGAAUUGUCUGGAUGUUGUGAUCAUCGUGCUGUCAGUGGUCGCUAUAGGAAUUAACAUAUACAGAACAUCAAAUGUGGAAGUUCUGCUACAGUUUCUAGAAGAUCAAAAUACUUUCCCCAACUUUGAGAAUCUGGCAUACUGGCAAACACAGUUCAACAACAUAGCUGCUGUCAUAGUGUUUUUUGUCUGGAUUAAGCUCUUCAAAUUUAUCAGCUUUAACAGGACCAUGAGUCAGCUCUCUACAACCAUGUCUCGAUGUGCCAAAGACCUCUUUGGCUUUGCAAUGAUGUUCUUCAUUAUUUUCUUAGCAUAUGCUCAGUUGGCAUACCUUGUCUUCGGCACUCAAGUUGAUGACUUCAGUACUUUCCAAGAGUGUAUCUUCACUCAAUUCCGUAUCAUUUUGGGUGAUAUCAACUUCGCAGAGAUUGAGGAAGCUAAUCGAGUUUUGGGACCAAUUUAUUUCACUACAUUUGUGUUCUUUAUGUUCUUCAUUCUUUUGAAUAUGUUUUUGGCCAUCAUCAAUGAUACUUACUCUGAAGUUAAAUCUGAUUUGGCCCAGCAGAAAGCUGAGAUGGAACUCUCGGAUCUUAUCAGAAAGGGUUACCAUAAAGCCUUGAUCAAACUAAAACUGAAGAAAAAUACUGUGGAUGACAUUUCAGAGAGUCUGCGGCAAGGGGGAGGCAAGUUAAACUUUGAUGAACUUCGGCAAGAUCUCAAAGGGAAAGGCCAUACUGAUGCAGAGAUUGAGGCAAUAUUCACAAAAUAUGACCAGGAUGGAGACCAGGAACUGACUGAACAUGAGCACCAGCAGAUGCGAGACGACUUGGAGAAAGAGAGGGAGGACCUGGACUUGGAUCACAGCUCUUCACCACGUCCCAUGAGCAGCCGGAGUUUCCCUCGAAGCCUGGAUGACUCUGAAGAGGAGGAUGAUGACGACAGUGGGCAUAGCUCCAGAAGGAGGGGCAGCAUCUCCAGUGGGGUUUCUUACGAAGAGUUUCAAGUCCUAGUGAGACGAGUGGACCGAAUGGAGCACUCCAUCGGCAGCAUCGUGUCCAAGAUUGAUGCUGUGAUAGUGAAGCUUGAGAUCAUGGAGCGGGCCAAACUGAAGAGAAGGGAGGUGCUGGGAAGGCUGCUGGAUGGAGUGGCUGAGGAUGAAAGGCUGGGUCGUGACAGUGAAAUCCACAGGGAACAGAUGGAACGGCUUGUGCGAGAAGAGUUGGAACGUUGGGAAUCUGAUGAUGCAGCUUCCCAAAUAAGUCAUGGUUUAGGCACACCCUUAGGACUAAAUGGUCAGCCACGCCCCAGGAGCUCUCGCCCUUCUUCCUCCCAGUCUACAGAGGGAAUGGAAGGUGGAGGUGGAAACGGGAGUGCCAAUAUUCAUGUGUAGGACAUGUGUUCUUAAUAGGUGAGAAGG